GGGUGGCGCGCGCCGGGUGACAGGUGUCAGCGGCGUCGGCCUUCGGCGGCGAUGGAGCGGCCCCGGGGAGCUGCGGACGGCCGCCCGCGCCGGCCCCUCGGCCUCCUCCUCCUCCUCCUGCGGCUGCUGCUGCUGCAGCUGCGGCCGCCCGCGGCCCUCGGGCAGGACCGGCUGGACGCGCCCCCGCCGCCCGCCGCGCCGCCGCUGCGCUGGCCGGGCCCCGUCGGGGUGAGUUGGGGGCUGCGCGCCGCCGCGCCCGGGGGCCCGCUCCCCCGCGGCGGCCGUUGGCGCCGGAGCGCGCCCGGCGAGGCGGGGGACUGCGGCCGCGUCCGGGACGUCGUCGCGAAGCUGGCCAACAACACGCACCAGCAUGUGUUUGAUGAUCUCAGUGGCUCAGUAUCCUUGUCCUGGGUUGGAGAUAGCACUGGGGUCAUUCUAGUAUUGACGACCUUCCAUGUGCCAUUGGUAAUUAUGACUUUUGGACAGUCCAAGUUGUAUCGAAGUGAGGAUUAUGGAAAGAACUUCAAAGAUAUUACAAAUCUCAUCAAUAACACCUUCAUUCGGACUGAAUUUGGUAUGGCUAUUGGUCCUGAGAAUUCUGGAAAGGUGAUACUGACUGCAGAGGUGUCUGGAGGGAGCCGUGGAGGAAGAAUCUUUAGAUCAUCAGAUUUUGCAAAGCACUUUGUGCAGACAGAUCUCCCUUUUCAUCCUCUGACUCAGAUGAUGUACAGCCCUCAGAAUUCAGAUUACCUUUUAGCCCUCAGCACUGAAAAUGGACUGUGGGUGUCCAAGAAUUUUGGAGGAAACUGGGAAGAAAUCCACAAAGCAGUGUGUUUGGCCAAAUGGGGAUCAGGAACCACCAUAUUCUUUACCACCUAUGUGAAUGGAUCCUGCAAAGCUGACCUUGGAGCACUGAAAUUACGGAGAACUUCAGACUUAGGAAAAAGCUUCAAAACCAUUGGGGUGAAAAUUUACUCAUUUGGUCUUGGGGGACGUUUCCUUUUUGCUUCUGUGAUGGCUGAUAAAGAUACAACAAGGAGGAUCCACGUGUCAACAGAUGAAGGGGACACAUGGAGCAUGGCCCAGCUCCCCGCCGUGGGACAGGAGCAGUUCUACUCCAUCCUGGCAGCCAAUGACGACAUGGUAUUCAUGCACGUUGAUGAACCUGGAGACACUGGAUUUGGCACUAUCUUUACCUCUGAUGAUCGAGGCAUUGUCUAUUCCAAGUCUUUGGACAGACAUCUCUAUACAACCACAGGGGGAGAGACUGACUUUACCAAUGUGACUUCCCUCCGUGGAGUCUACAUAACAAGCAUGCUCUCAGAAGAUAAUUCUAUCCAGACCAUGAUCACGUUUGACCAGGGAGGAAGGUGGAAACACCUGAGGAAGCCUGAGAACAGCGAGUGUGAUGCUACAGCGAAGAACAAGAAUGAGUGUAGCCUUCAUAUUCAUGCUUCUUACAGCAUUUCCCAGAAACUGAACGUUCCAAUGGCUCCACUCUCUGAACCUAAUGCUGUGGGCAUAGUCAUCGCUCACGGCAGUGUCGGGGAUGCCAUCUCAGUGAUGGUCCCAGAUGUUUACAUCUCAGACGACGGGGGUUACUCCUGGACGAAGAUGCUGGAAGGACCCCACCACUAUACCAUCCUGGACUCUGGAGGCCUCAUUGUGGCCAUCGAACACAGCAGCCAUCCUAUCAAUGUGAUUAAGUUCUCCACAGAUGAAGGUCAGUGCUGGAAAACCUACGCAUUCACCAGAGAGCCCAUCUAUUUCACUGGGCUAGCAUCCGAGCCCGGAGCCAGGUCCAUGAACAUCAGCAUUUGGGGGUUCACAGAGUCUUUCCUAACCCGGCAAUGGAUCUCCUACACCAUUGACUUUAAAGAUGUCCUUGAAAGGAAUUGUGAAGAGGAAGACUACACUGUAUGGCUGGCACACUCCACAGACCCUGGGGACCAUGAAGAUGGCUGCAUCUUGGGCUAUAAAGAACAGUACCUGCGGCUACGCAAGUCAUCCAUCUGUCAGAAUGGUCGAGACUAUGUUGUGACCAGGCAGCCAUCCAUCUGUCACUGUACCCUGGAGGACUUCCUCUGUGAUUUUGGCUACUUCCGUCCAGAAAAUGACUCAGAGUGUGUGGAACAGCCAGAGCUGAAGGGGCACGACCUAGAGUUUUGUCUGUAUGGAAGAGAAGAACAUCUGACAACAAAUGGAUACCGGAAAAUUCCAGGAGACAGAUGCCAAGGUGGGAUGAAUCCAGCUCGAGAAGUGAAGGACUUGAAAAAGAAGUGUACAAGCAACUUUUUGAAUCCCCAAAAGCAGGACUCCCGCUCACAGGGACACAACUUGUCCCAGAAUCCAGCUCCGCCUCCUCUUGGAUACACUGAAAACACACACUUCCUAUCUCCCACCCAGAAGCAGAAUUCCAAGUCCAAUUCUGUUCCCAUCGUUCUGGCCACCGUGGGGUUGAUGCUGGUCACAGUUGUGGCAGGAGUGCUCAUUGUGAAGAGAUAUGUCUGCGGCGGAAGGUUCCUGGUGCACCGCUACUCUGUGCUGCAGCAGCACGCAGAGGCCGAUGGGGUGGACGCUUUGGACACAGCCUCCCAUGCUGAUAAAGGUGGUUAUCAUGAUGACUCAGAUGAGGACCUCCUGGAAUAGCUCUUCGAAGGAGCUGGGACCCAGCACUGAUGUUGGAACCACAGUACCUCCUACACUCCCUGUGGCUCCGACUUGGGGAAAUGAACAAUUCCCCACCUGCGAGGGACCCCGCUCUGGCUCUGCUGCUUCCACCAGAGCCAAAAGGACCUACACUAAAGAAAUGCAGGGGGGGGUGGGGAACCCCGGACACCUUCAACAAUUGGCUUUGAGAAGGGGGGUGGGGAUUUUAAAUUCUUUAACCUUUUAUUUCAAGUUCUGUCUUUUGUUAAAAUGUGGGCUCUGAGGUUUUGUUUGCUUUUAAGGGGAGUGAAGUGGAAUCUGAGGGCAUCGUUCACCACCCCCGCACUUGCCUGGUCUGAAAGUACCUCUCUGCUGGCUCAAGCCUCCACUGUCCCCGAGCACCAGGUGCUGUCCCUGGGCCCUGCUGGCCAUGUGGGACAGCCGCGGAGAGGAAAGUAGAAGCUGCAGUGGCUGCUGCAGCCUGGUCAGCUUUUCUCCAUCCGGGGCCCACCCCGCCCCCAGAACCCUGCAUGCCAGCUCCUCACACAGAUCCCCACAGGGCUCCUGUCUCCCCCUUGGGACCAUAGGCCACGGUGGUUUUCUUUUCUCGUGUUUAAUCAGGCAAUACCCUUGUUAAUUGCCCCUUGGCAAUUAACUUAACCAUGUGCUUCCAGAUACUAAAUCAGGAAAACUUACAGGGCAAUAUUUUUAACUUGGGGUGGGAAGAAAGAAGCAACAGAGUGUAGACUAGAUUUAGCACCUAUUAGAGGUGAAACUCGGGCUGCUUCUGGAAUCUUUCAGGCUGGGCUUUGUGUGUGUGCCAGUGGGCUUGCUCAAGGGCAGGGAGAACAGGCCUGGCCGGGAAGAGUGCCCGGGCUGGAGCUCAUCACUGAGCACAGUACAGCAGCCCCAGGACUGACCACCGCAGUCCUCCAUGUCCGCUUUUUACCCACGACAGUAGCUUGGUGAACCAUUACAAUGGCUGUUUAUUUGCCUUCUCCUAGAGAUGUUUUCAGAUUUAUAGGCUUUGUUAUCGGAAUUAUAUUAUCAGGCUAUUCUUUUCAUCCUUUUACUCAAUUUUGCCAGGUUAUUUGUUGGCAUGAAACUUUUGGCCGAAUCAAUUGAAAACACAUUUCUGGUGAGACGAUGCUUUGUAUGAUACAUUGGACUCAUUUAAUUUUAAGUUUUGCAUUUGAAAAUUUUCCAAAUUAAGUUGUAGAAUGGAGUUCUAGUUUGGGUGGCCAGGUGGUAAUGGAAAGCUGCAAUCAUUGGCUUUAACAUAGCUUGAAUAUUGGCUAUUACAGGUAUGUAGUAUGACCAGUCUUCUGUCUCACUGUACUUCCUGUGCUGGUCACAGUUUCUCCCAGUAAUUAUGAUUGAGACAUUCUCUGGUAGGUAUCAUUUAGCUGCUAGUUCAUUUUGUGGCUUUCUAGCCAGCAAAAAGUAAAUGUGCCAAAUAAAAUUUUGUCAGAAUGUGUGA